AUGAAGUUCCUUGUCGCUGCCGCUGCCGCCGCCUCACUUGCUUCUGCUGUUGUUGCCAAGCAGAAGGUCGUCUACGCUCCUCAUAUCACGAGCCCGGCCGCCGGCACCAUCUGGAAUGCCGGCCAAGACUACAACAUCACCUGGGACACGUCGGACGCCCCCGUGCACAUCACGAACACCCUCGGCGAGGUAUUGUUCCGCGUCGAUGAUGUAACUUGGGACAACACCACGCUUGCCAAGGGCUUCAAUAUCACUGACGGCUCCGUUAAGGUUACUGCGCCUACCGUUCCUACUGGCAUUCAUUACUCCAUCGUCCUCCUUGGCGACUCCGGCAACUGGAGCCCCGACUUCGUCAUCGUCAACAAAAACCAGACCCUCCUCGGCAGCUUGGGGCUCUGAUGGAGGGCUUGACUCCACGUACGGUUCAAUAUGUCGAUAUUUGGACUGUCAGAGGCAUUCAGAUAUACUUACACGACGUGCGGGGCUUUCAUCGGGACUUUCGAAACGGAAUUACUAGGACGGGGUGAUCACUACUACCGUUGUUUACGGACCUUACAUUCUUUUGACAUUCGUGACGCGAUACCUUCCUUUUGGACACAAAUUUCGAUGCUUGAUAUCAGAGUAUUCAUUGUUGACUGGUAUUCUUUUUGAACCUUCGAGCGUUCAACUGAUAUCCAACUCUCAAGUUCUUGGCUCAUUGUCGGCUGCUGACUUGAUACUAU